AUUUUGUAAAGUUAUAUAGUGCGCAGGUGCAAACCGUACUUCCGUUAUCAAGUUGUUACUCGAAUAAACCAAAAUAAAGCUUAUUUUGUAGAUUACAAACGGAUACACGUGCUUAUGAAUAGUGUUUUGUUUGACAAUGGGAACUCUGGUUGAGACAGACAUUGACCAGUUUAUCAAAGGACACAAACAGAAACUGCAGGAGGAACGCAAUCAUCUCAACAGCUACCCUGCUCAGGUUAGGAACUUGGGGCAACCGGCUACCUCACCUACGGGGCGGAAACAGUGGAACAAGAAUGAAGCACAGCAAGCUAGACCAGCAGAGGAGGCAAGGGAUCCUCCCCAACCUCAAGAGACGGGGCUGCCCCUUGAUUAUGACUCUCAGGAUAAGAAAAAGCAACAGUUGAAUGCAGACAGACAGAGGGAAUAUAAUGAGUUGCAGGCAAAGGAAGGACCUGUGAGAGGUCGUAGACCGAGAACUCCCUCAAAUGAGGGCCUGCCUCUGGGCCAGUAUGAACAGAAAAGGAAAGCCCUAGAGCAGGAAAGGAAUGCUGAAAUGAAACAGGCCUUGGCCGCAAAGCUGAACCGUGGAAAUAAAGUGUUCGAUUACAAGGAAGCAGAGAAAGCUCACUUGGCAGAGAAAAAGAAGGAGUAUAAUGACUUCCUGCAGAGAAAGGCCCAAGCCUCAAGGCAUAUUGUCACGCCAGAGGAUGGGAUGUUUGUGGGGCCUGACCAAUCAGAACGAGACAAAGCUGUACGUGAGAAGAAUGCUGCAUAUAAGCAAGAGCUGGAAAAGCAACAAAGAGAGAAGCUUCUUUACAAAGCACGACAGAUGGGUCAUAUACCUGACCUUACUGCACAAGGACAGAAACUCAAACUUUCUGGACCACCCCAUAAGUUGUAUGAUGAACGCCCACACCCUUCAGCCCCUCAAAGGUCUAUUCAAGGUCAAGGAUAUCAAAUUAAAGAAAGGGUCAUGGAUAUGCCUCAUGUGAGCCCACGCAGAGACCUUGACCCCCAGCAGCAACAACCUGUUUUUCUAGAAAAUGGUGAUGUACAUGAUGAAGGUCAUCGUCAUGGUAAUGAUGAAAGGUUGUUUGAACGGAGAGGUCGACCAAGUGAAAGGCAUGACCCCAGUCAUCAGAGAGGCAGAAGUCUGGAUGAAAAAGAGAAGUACCAAUGGUACAACGAGAACAAACUGUCUCCACCCUUGGAUGUGCGAAGGUCAAGGUCAUUUUCACCUCCGAUAGAAAGACACAGAUCCUCACAAAAUGCAGUUUUGAAAGAUUUGGAAAAGCGCCAGCUGAUCCUGCAGGAAGAGUACCGGCGCCAGGUGGCUGAGGACCAGAGACUGGCUGCGGCCCAGCAAGGAGGUCUGCCCUUGACAGAUGACAGUCCCCGCCAGAGACUUGAGGAAGAGAGAAAGCGGGAGUACAACGAGUAUCUUGCCAAGAAGGGGCUGACUGACAGGUCUCGCCAGGCUGAGAUCCUAGAGGGAACUGGGGCCACGCUCAAUGUUGGCGAAUAUGACGAGAAUAGGCGUCGACAACUGCAGGAGGAGCGAAAUAGGGAAUAUGUGGAGCAACAACAACAGAAGCAGCUAACAGACAAAGGUAGGGGAUUGCCCCCUAAGCCGGCGACACCCAAUCAUUUCUUCAAGAACAUAGGCCAGCAUGAUCGACUGACCCAGGUGCUAAAUGAAGAACGCAAGAAGGAGUAUAACCAGAAACUGAGAGAGGAGAAUGUGCGCACAGGUCGUAGACUUGGCAGUGACACUGAGCAGUAUGCCGCUGGUCUGCCAAUCAAGGGCAACGACUCUGCAGAGGUGUAUGCAACGCUACCAGGUUUAGGUUAUAGCCAAUCUGCGGAAGUACGCAAGAUAAAGGCACGCAAUGAGGAGUACAAUGAGUUCCUUAGAGAGAAGCAGGUUCGAGACACUCACCGACUGGACCACAAAAAACCUCUUACUGCCGCCAUAGGCAGCCGCAGUCUACCUCCAUCUCCCAAAAGGAGUCCUAGGGCAAAUCCAAAAGAAUAUGCGACACUGCCUGGCUUACAUUACAGUGAUUCUGCAGACAAACGUAAAAUGGCAGAACGCAAUAAAGAGUACAAUGAAUUUUUAAGACAAAAAGAUCGAGGAAAGAAGGGUUUUACCACGCCCACCUAUGAGGAGAUUCUGGAACAGAAACGCCGGGAGGAAACACUUCGCAGAAGAGAAGAGGACUUUGAUUCUGGCAAUUUAAGGCGUUUCAACAGUGAGGGCAACAUUAACAGGGUGGAGAAUGAAUUGAGAGACAAGGUGCUGAACAAGGAGAUUGAGAGCAGAAAAGUUCGCUUUGAUGCCGCGCGUCAGCAGCCUGCGGGCAUUCUGGAAGACGAGAACUGGUUACAACCGGAGCAUAGGGAGUCUGAGUACAGGCAACUGACUGAACCUCCGCGGGAGGAGAUACCUGAAGACAUGGCUGCACACGUACAACAACCCAAAUAUCUGGCAGGACUUGCCGUCGGUGGUUCUCCAGGCGUUCUAGGGGGUUCCGAUGAACGGGAAAGCGCCAAGCGGCGAAAGCAGGCAGAAUAUCGCCGUGAACUGCAGUUCCAGAUGGAGGAAACAGCUGCUAGAAAGAAAAGAGAGAAAGUACAAGAGUUGCGGGUGAAUGCCUCGGGCCUGUUAGACCCAGAGAAGUCAUCAGGGCGUAUCAGAGGCCUUGAGGGGGUGCCCGGCUCGAGUCCCCGGCGAGAGUACAAGGCCAAGGACGUCCAGGCCUACCACACCAAGUUCCUCCUUGACGACAGUCAGGAAUAUGAUGCCCUAGGGCGUCCCUCGUGGGGUGGGGUGUAUACAUCCCGGCAGGGUCCGUCCCACCCCGUCAGUCAGGCAGGACUGGCUCUGGGGGGGUGGGGCAGUCUGGGACUUGGCAGAGAAGGCAGAGGGACCCCUCAAAGCAAUCCUGACUUUGGAGAUGAUCUAAGACUAGACCUGGGAGGUGGUGGGCGUGACAGAGGUCGUAGACGCGAGCGUGAGAAUCCACUCUCACUAGACCCUGGCUUUAUCAGCUUGCUGGAGUCACGACGUCCGGUGGGCACCGCGGCCCCACCCCCGGGACUUCUGUACCAACCCUCGAAUGAGUUUUCAAGGUGGCAGGAUAUUUUAGAUGUUCCAUCUGCCAACCCUUUGUCCGGCACAUACGUGACGGGCGGUGGUGGGGGCCUGGGAGGGGCCUAUGGCAAUGUGGACGAAGCUUACCAUUACUAUGGCUUGAAGAACCCACUAGAUGAACUCAACACAGGCGGGGGAGUCGGAUAUGUUCCUGGCCUUGACCUUGGAAGGGACUAUGGAGGAGGAAGGUCAGAUUAUGUAAGGUCACCGGGUCAAAGGGUCACAUUUGCAGAUGAACCUCUCUCAUCUAAUCGUGCAAGGGACAGGAGCAAGGAACGCAUCGACCCCUAUCAGUUCCCCAGCGAUGAUGACUUGAAAAACAAGUCAAAAUCUGGAAAUGAAAACUAUGGUGCAGAAUUAGGUAGACAGAUUGAAGAAAAACGGAGACAAAAGGCUUUUGAGAAGGAGCAACAGAGGAGGUAUGAGUUGAAGCUUGAGGAAGACAUCAAGAAUUACAACCCAUUUGGCCGCGGUGGUGGAGGUGCUCCCAUCAGGGACGAGGCUGGCAACCCAAUAGCUGAUCUGCGUGCGGUACAGAAGGGCACCUAUGUGUCCCCGGGCCGGACCCCAAGGAGGAACUCCCCCGAGGGCUACUCCCCCCGGCCCCCCUCCCCUCGGGACGACAAGAUCAAGCCCCCACCCCCACAGCAGAGUGCAACAGGAGAACCAACGUUUGCCAGAGGGGGUCACGGCAUCUUUGGAAUGCCAAAGACGGAUGCUGAGAAAGACCAAUCAGAAAAAUAUAAAGAUGAGCUUCGCAAUCAGAUUGCUGAAAAGCGUCGUCUGCAGCAGUUAGAGAAAGAACGGGAGAGGAGUGAGGAGGAACGAGAGAACCGUCGUCUGGAGGAGCAGAGAGUGCGCAUGCAGCAUGAGUAUGAGGAGGAGCAAAAGAAGAUCAAGGCUAGAGAGGAGGAGGCUCGUCGUAAGAAUGAGGAACUAAAACGUCAAGCAGACGACAGGAAGAAGGAAACUGAACGAAAGCGGCGAGAAGUAGAUGAUGAGAAAAUGCGGGAGCAGCAGGAACAGAUAGAGCGAGAAAGAAGGGAGCGGGAACAGCGUGAGAAAGAGGCAAAUGAUCGAGUAAAAUCUCCCCCAGUACCUGCUGUGAAAGGAAAGACUAACGAAGAGAGGGGCAGAUCACCACCGGUGCCUGCUAACAGGAAGGGCCGUGACUCUGCGUUGUCUGUCAAUUCACAAAGAACGGUCCGAUCUCAGCAAGCCUCGCCCCAGCCUGCCCAGUCCAACAGACCCCCAAGCUCUGAUGUGCUCACCCAGCUGGCGUCCAUGAGGAAGCAACUUCAGAGUGAACGUCGGCGUGUGGAGAACGCUCUCGAGAACAGCAAGAACGAGCCAGACGUGUUUGACCCCCGCACCAUCCAGAGGCCUCCCCCACUUGAUUUUGAUGUUCGGUUUGAACAACAUAACUGGCAGAAUAAGAUCGUGUUUGAGAAUGCGAUGAACAAGAAUGCCUCCCUGCCACCGCCCCGCCCUGCCACGGACAAUGCCAACGCCCGCAACAUCCAACAGUUCAACGAGCUCAAAUACAAAACGGACUCUGACUCGCGGCGCGCGCUGCGCAGCAUGUUCCCCGAGGCUCCAGUGACCAAUACAACGCUGGAGACCCAGCAGGAGGCCAUGCUGAGGCAGCAAGAGGAGCAGCUCAGGAAUCUACGAGGAAAAAGCUAUAGGCCCAUCAGUGCCCCAAUGAACAGGAGAUAUGACUAUGAUCUGACGCCAUCAAAUCAGAGCUUUGCACGCCGGGGAAACAUCAGUGCUCGGUCACAGCUAGCCUCUAACAGUGCAUUUAUAGAUGUAGACAAUGUGAACUACUUCCCAGAAGACUUUGAAGAGUUGGCGGGCCGUAGGAAUGACUCGGCACGAGCUCGCCGCCGUGACAGGCACAGUCCAAGGCCGAGCAGCUUCAAUGCAAUGGGAUCGCAGGCAAGUCUAGAUGUGGACAGAAUACAGCGUAAGAACGAGGACAGACUUAGGAGGCUUCAGCAGAUUACAAAUACAGGAGAUGACAUCUCAAUGGCAGACCCUGAUGACAUCCUCGACAGAUUCAUGGCCCGUCAAAGAUACAACAGACCAGCGUCUGGUCAGACACUGCAGGAUGACUCCUGGAUGAGACCAGGAAGUAAGGUCGUGUAACCGAUACUGGACUGGUUAUAGAAUGAGCACCUCCUUGUCUGGUUCCCCUGCUACAUAUGUGACAUGAAAGGAAGCAUACCAAAGCUAAAAGAUCUAAUUCACAACAAAAAACGUUUAUAUGUCGACCAAUAUUAGAGUUGACUACCGUGAAAAUAAACUUAUUUAGUUCCAUGACAGUUGAAUUAUUUGUAUAAGUCUAGAAUGAUUAAUGUUUAUUAAACAUAUGUGUACAAUAUACAUACUAUAAAGUAAGGAGGUUCAACUUGUUGACACGCUUGAAGAUGCAGAUUUUACAGGUAAUCUUAUGGUUAUGAAAUGACCAGCAUGGUUUAAGUACUUACUUGUAUCAGUUUUAGAGCAUUUCCGUCCUAUAUUUAUGUGUGAAUGUUAAUUGUGUUAGCUUCUUUUGUGUGUAAUAGUUAAUUUGAAAACAGAUAUGUAAAGUAUCAUAGAUUGUCAGUGAUAUUUUCGGAAGGUCAAUGUCUCAAAAACUCACUUCCCAAGUAUAUAGUAGUGGGAGUUUUCUGUUAUAUUAAAGAUAUUCAAACAAUAAAUGGAAGCGGUCAUUAUGGUAUUAUUGUCCAGACCUGUGACAGUGAUUUGUGGGUCUGGAUAUGUAUUUAAUCUCUGUCAUUAUUUGGACAAUGUCUUUGAUUCUGUUUGUAUGAAAGAGAUUCUGUUGUUGAAGCUGUUCUGUGAUAUUUUUGUUUCAUUGAAUAUCUUUAAACUCUCAACAUUUUCAUGUCAUUAUAUUUAUAUGCCCCUGGAUCGAAUGAUCGGGGGUAUAUUGUUUUUUGGCCUGUCUGUCUGUCAUUCUGUCUGUCUGUCUGUCAUUCUGUCCCAAAACUUUAACCUUGGUUAAAGUCAAGGUUAAAGUUUUGCAAUAUUGAAGAUAGCAUCUUGAUAUUUGGCAUGCAUGUGUAUCUCAUGGAGCUGCACAUUUUGAGUGGUGAAAGGUCAAGGUCAUCCUUCAAGGUCAAAGGUCAAAUAUAUAGCUUCAAAGCGGCGCAAAAGGGGGCAUUGUGUUUCUGACAAACACAAAUCUUGUUUUUAUGUCCCCCACCACUAUAGUGGGGGACAUAUUGUUUUUGCCCUGUCUGUUGGUUUGUUGGUUGAAUGGUAGGUUUGUUUGGUCAAACUUUAACAUUUUGCAAUAACUUGCAAUAUUGAAGAAUGCAUGUGUAUCUCAUGGAGCUGCACAUUUUGAGUGGUGAAAGGUCAAGGUCAUCCUUCAAGGUCAAAGGUCAAAUAUAUAGCUUCAAAGCGGCGCAAAAGGGGACAUAGUGUUUCUGACAAACACAUAUCUUGUUAUUUAUGUUAGUAGUCCACUGACUGUUGAAUUAUAGUUUUGCAAGCAAAUUGUGCUCUUAUGUACAUACAAUUGUCUAUUUAAACUGAAUUGCAUGUUAAAUCUGUAGUAAAUGUGAAUUUUAUCACACCAAAUUGAAGUCUUGGUCAUCAGAAGUUAUUUACAAAUAAAUGGAGUGAAAAAGCUAAAGAAAGAAUACUUUUUAAUUAUUUGAACAAGUGAUUCUUUUUUUAAAUUGAAAAAGAUACUUUUUUAAUUUACUUUCUAGUUUUAUAUUUUUAAGUAAUAAAAUCUUAAAAUCCAAUUAUCAAGACUUGAAUUUGGUGCGGCCUUAAAUAUUUAUUACCAUGUCAAAUUAUCUGUGAUGUAUUAUUGUUUCAAUAAAUGUAUUCGGUUUCUCUAGUAGAUAUUUCUGUACAGUAGAAAUUUCCUAACAGAAAGGAAAAAUGUUCUCUUGUGAAACCAAAUUCAUUUAUUGACAUAUUUAUAAUUUAGAGAUUAUACAGUUAAACUAAUGUGUAAUGGGCAAAAUAAAACUUACCUAGAUAGGUACAAUGUCAUUUUAUAUGUGUAUCAAUUUUGAAUUGUUUGUGAAAAGGAAAUCUGCAAAAAAAAUCUGUUUAUACCAUUGCAGUGCUCAUUUUGUUCAUCUUUUUCUUAAUUGAAUAUUAUAAAAUGUUACAUUGUUUCAAAAUUCAAUGGAUUCAAUGUGUUCACACGGAGUAUAGUUUUUGUCCAUAACUUUACUUUGUUAUACAUGUAUUAAUAUGUUCAUUUUGCCAGUCAUCAAUGUAAGUUUAUUAUUUUCUUUACGAUUAUACCCAUUUAAGGUUAAAGUUAGACAGAUUUAACUUAAUUUAGAAUCCUGUACCAUUAGUUUGUUAAAAUAAUCAUAUCAGGUCUUAAGAAUUGUCCUGAAUUUAUACUUGCAUCUCAAAAAUAAAAUUAUAUUUCAUCAUA